AUGCUGAGCAUGAGGAACGAGGUGGAGAGGAGAAUGCAACGUGUGAACCAGGCUUAUCGGCUCCUCUCUCAGGACAUGGACAUGACAAGGAGACUAGCACAGAGCAGGCAGACUGGGGACAAAAAGAGUGAGCAGGACUCUCUCAAAACUGACAAAGAGGGGAAGGAGCACUUUGAGCUCAGCCUGAAUGUGAGUCCCUUCUCUCCUGAUGAACUGACUGUGAAAAAUGCAGGAAGGAGACUGAUUGUGACGGGAAAACAUGACCAGAAAAGGGACACUGAGAAUGGGAGCUACUUUCAUGAAUACAGAGAGUGGAAGAGAGAAGUUGAGCUCCCAGAAGAUGUGAAUCCUGAGGAAGUGCUGUGUUCCCUGUCUGAAGACGGACAGCUCAUUAUUCAGGCUCCUCGCCUGGCACUACCAGCUGCUAAAGAGAGACCCAUUGCCAUCACCAUGAACCGGGCACCAGUAAAUGGAGAGGGGAUUCCUCCUGAGCCCCAGAACAGCAGUGUGAGCGGAGAUCCAGAGAAUGGACUAAAUGCUUCCUGACAACUUUAAAGGACUGUUUUUACAUCAAUUUAGCUGUUAUACUGCCUCCUGAACAUAUUUUAUACAUGUGUCGCAUUCAUGUUGUUUUAAAAC